GAAUUCAUCACACAUGCCUCCCUCUGGCCUCUCCUCGCCUUCAUCUAGUUCUGGCUUCCUCUCUCUCCGUCUCCGUCUCCGUCUCCGUCUCCCCGCUGUCUGUCUACUCAAGCCAAAAACAGAGGAAACAGAGCAUGUCCCUCCCUGCAGAAGCGCCUCUCCUCUUACCCUGUAUCUGCGUUCUUCUUCUCCUGGCCUCGACGGCUACCUCCUCCACGGACUCCUUUGUCUUUGGGGGCUGCUCGCAGCUCAAGUACACCCCCGGUUCGCCCUACGAGACCGCCGUCAACUCCCUCCUCACCUCCCUCGUCAAUUCGGCCGAGUUCUCCACUUACAACAACUUCACCGUCCCCGGCCCCGGUUCGGCCCCGGAGGACACGGUUUAUGGCCUCUUCCAGUGCCGGGGAGACCUCAGUGCUGAUGACUGCUCCAAGUGUGUCACACGAGCUGUGAGCCGGCUCGGGACUCUCUGCGUUGGCUCGUGCGGUGGCGCCAUGCAGCUCGAUGGCUGCUUCAUCAAGUACGACAACACCUCAUUCCUCGGCGUCGAGGACAAGGCAGUCUUAUUCAAGAAAUGCGGGCCACUUAUCGGGCUCGAUUCUGAAGGCACGACGGAGCGCGACUCCCUGCUGGGCUCUGUGGUAGGAAGUGAUGGUGCCUACAAGCCGUACAGGGCGGGAUGGUCCGGCGAUGCCCGUGCAGUCGCACAGUGCGUGCAGGAUCUGAGCGCGAGCGAGUGCCAGGACUGCCUGACUGAGGCGAUCACACAGCUGAAGACCAACUGCCAGGCUGCGAAGUGGGGAGAUAUGUUCUUAGGCAAGUGCUACGUCCGCUACUCAGAAGGCGGGGAUCACUCACACGACGGACAUGGAUCUAGCAACGACGAUGAAAUUGAGAAGACACUCGCAAUACUCAUCGGACUCAUUGCCGGGGUCGCACUUAUCAUCGUCUUCCUCUCUUUCCUCGCUAGAGUGUGCGAUAGAGGCAAAGGGGGUAAAUAGCAACUCGUGGCCAAUUCAGGAACCGCAUAGAAUCCCUUUUUCCUGUGGAAUUAAUUAUAUUUUUUUUUCUGUAAUUCAUUUGCUGCACUUUUAUUUAUCCCCCCUCUCUCCAUCCUGUCCAGUGGAGUUGCUUUCUAUCUCUGUAUCCUCGUCUUUUGGUAUUCUCUCUCUGUGUAAAAAAUGACCUAGAAGUGUUGGAAUAGGAUACCUUCUGGUCCUUGUCGGCUUUUCCGGUUUUC